AUGGCAUCCGACGAGGGCAACGUCGCGACCAGUACUCCGCCGUCCAGUCGCCAUCUGCAGGCCUCUACAGCUGGCACCGCGCUCGUUCCAGAAGAAACCGCGAGGCUCCUAAAACGCCAACGCGAGAGCACGCCUCCGUCGCCGAACUCGUUCACUACGCAACAAUUACACCUCUUGCAAUCGCCCGCGAAAUCAGCCCGACUGGCUCUGGCAGCGGGACACUCGCCACCACCACCAUUGACCGGUGCGGCAGCCCUCGAAGACGAACGUCGACGUCGCGAAGCAGAGCAACCCGCGAGCCCGGCCCCGAGCAGCGACAACCCGUCUCACCGAGUCCUGGAAUCCCUCAUGCAAGGCGACGCCCAGGCAAUGAGCCGACCGAGCGACGCGCCUCCAACCGCGCCUACUGCAUCCAUGGACUCGCGAUCGGCGGCCCCCUCGCUCUCCAUCAUUCCGGGGGUAGGCGACCAGACCGAGCACCAGCAAGAUGGCAUGAGCCCCCAGAGCGCGCACAACAGCAUCGAUGGUGCCGGCGUCACAGCUAGCCCUGCGCCAAUGGAUGUGGACGGGAAGCUGGACGGCGGAGACGUGCAUCACGUUGCUGGAGACGAACGCCCGCAGCCGGGCUCGCUUUCGUAUCCCGGGUCUCUACAGGCUAGUGGCAGCAUGACAGAAGCCUCCCCACGGGGUAUGACCUUCCCAACGCCAGGACAAGAGCAGACCUCGCCAUCGUUGCCUGGAUCGCGGAAGCACAGGUGUCCAUACUGCAGCACCGAAUUCACAAGACACCACAAUCUGAAGAGUCAUUUGCUAACGCACAGCCAAGAGAAGCCUUUUGUGUGUACCGAGUGUCCCUUACGCUUCCGCCGGCUACACGACCUCAAGCGCCACGGCAAGCUUCACACGGGGGAGAAACCACACACAUGUCCCAAGUGCGACCGCAAGUUCGCCCGUGGCGACGCGCUAGCGAGACACACUAAGGGGGCCGGGGGUUGCGCUGGACGAAGGACGAGUAUGGGCAGCUUUGCGGACGGUGAUGACUUUGAGGGUCACACUCUUGACGCCGACGAGUCGGUCAUGUCUGGGCUUGCGUAUGAUCACCCCGACGACGAGGAGUUGCGGCGGCAAAGCAUGCCUACGGUCACUACGCAGCAACCUUCGGUCAGCGAGACGGAUGGCCACGGUGCGCACGCGAGGACUUAUCCACCUGCCAUGUCUCGGCCAUCGGGCAGCGGGCUGUACCCACCGAACGCUGCACAAGCACAGGCACAGGUACAGGUACAGGGCAACAGCGCCGGCUCCACGAGCGUGCCCAACAGCAUGGCUGGCAGCCACACGCCAAACACUAGUGUCUCUUCUGCUCCAGUGGCAGGGAACAGCGCCGGGCUGUACUCUCAGGCUGGCAUGACGGAAAGUCCCAAGCCAUUAAGUCCCGGCAUAUCAGGCCACGAACCAAGCUCAGCUCCACGGCAACGCUCGCCGGGGUUGUCGCAGCAGCAGUCGCAGGCAAACCGUCGGCAGACUGACCUUCAGUCGCCGCACGGCCUGGCCAAGUACCCCGGAUUGUCCCAUCCUGGGUACGCGACGGCCAACAGUGCGGGCUUUACGACCAGUGGCAACCAGACUCAGGAUAACAGCAAGAACAUGUUUGCGCAGGCCGAUCCCAAUGUGUGGGCAUAUAUUCAGACCAUGGACGACAAGAUCAAGGGCCUCAACGAGAGGGUGGCCACGCUCGAGCAUGAGCUUGCAAUGACCAAGGCUCAACGCGACAAUGGUGGUGGCGAGGUUGCCUUGUCGUCCUGA